AUGGCAGGAUAUGCGCAGUGUCAUCAAAUUGAUUUCGUCAAAACUCCUGUAAGAUUUUGCAUCAAGGAACAGUUCAUGAACGCUAGACGAAUGUACGGAGAGUCCUGUCCAGUUUUCUGCCCAAGCCAUUACAGCCCAGUCUGUGGCGCGUCCAAAUACAGAAGCUAUAAUUACAGGACGUUUAACAACGGCUGUUAUCUGGAUAUGAUUAAUUGCAGAGGAGAUGACGAUUACGCAGGGUACGUCGAGGUCCCGUUGACCUUCUGCCAGCGACAUCUCAUGAAGAAUAUCUUUAAGGAAAAGCUGAUUAUAUCCAAUAUUUACGAUUAUAGAGACUACGAUUAA